UCAUUAAUCCACUCCCCGUUUCACUUUCCUUUUUCAGCACAUUUCAAACACUCUCUUUCUAGAGAGAGAAACACUCGCCGCGCUUCUAGAGAGAGAAACACUCGCCGCGCUUCUAGAGAGAGAAACACUCGCCGCGCUUCUAGAGAGAGAAACACUGCAAACUCACCCUAACCUAGCCCCCAUGGAAACUAUCUCACCUCCACUUCACAAAAAAAGCUACCGCUCCGGCAAUGUCGCCGCCGGGAAGACGCCGUACGACGACGUUUUCGCGGCUCGGCCGAAGGUCAAAGUUCCGACUCUCUCUCCUCGCGACGAGGACUACUCCGAGAUUUUCGAGGUGUUUCACGCUUCCCGAGGCUCUUCUAUUCCUGUGCUUGAUCUUCCUGCUGUUGGUGAAGAUGAGGAUCCUGAUGUUUACUUUGAUGUUCGGAGCUCAGGGUUUGACUACUCCGAAGUUUUCGGGAGCUCUAACGGUUUCGAUUUCGCGCUGUACGAGCAGCUGUUUCAGCAAUCCAAAGCUGAUAAUGAUUCGUCUAAUGAAGUUUGGACUCCAGCUCAAAGUGAAUCUCUCUCAGAUGAAUCAGAUCCUUCUGGUUGCUCUGAAAAGAAUCAAAGCUUGUCAAGUGGAGAUAUACACCAGUCAUAUGAUGAUACAAAGCAGUUCAACAUAUCAUAUCACAAGGCCAAUCCAAAAGGCAAGGAUAAUAUAUUAGAUGCGAUGACACAUGUUACUCAGUUAGAUGCUAUUCCUGGAUAUAGCUUCAUUAUCAGUGACACCUCACCGUCGAAACAUGUAGAAGUUGAAAGUUUACCCGUGCAGAUUGAGAGGAACACAGAUUGUGGUGGAGCAGUUACAGAAGGAAAACGACUUAGGAAAACAGUAUCACAACCCCCGAUCAGUGAUAUUGGUUUACAAGGUUGUAAAACCGAAGCCAGUGUUUUGGCUCACAAUGACAAAUCCAGGUCUCCAGGGAAGGCAUUUAUAUCUGUGUCUGAUGUAAACCUCAGGACUCGACCUUCUCAUUUGCCACCCCCCUCAAGACCACCACCCUUGUUUGCUGACAGAGCCGAGAACUCCAGUAGACUAAAUUCGAAAUUCAAAGCUUCCAAAAGUUAUGUAUUUGAAAGGACAAAUGCUGGCGAUUCACAACCUUAUUUUGACGUGGAAAUAGAUGCAAGUUCGUCAGCUGCAGCAUCUGCUGCGGCUGUAAAAGAUGCAGUGGAGAGAGCUCAGGAGCAACUAAGUAAUGCGAAAGAAAUGAUGGAGAGGAAGAAGGAUGGUCUCGAAAACCGUACAAAGUCACAUUUCAAGAAGGAUAUAGGUCAGAGGGGUGAAAAGAACAUCAAAUUUGAUAUGUUGAAAAGUUCUAAAGGUGACAUAUUUUCUCCUAAAUAUGCAAGAGAAGGAAGUGAAAUUAAAACUUUUGCUGAAGAAAAUGAAAAAAAGGCGAGGAACAUGAUCCAUGUUGCCUCAAGUGCAACAGAAGGAAAAGAAGAUAUACACAGUAAACAGGGGAAAGAACAUAUGCAGUCUCAAGUACCACAUGAAACUGAAGGAACUGUUGCAUGGAGAGAAGCAACUCAAUUAUAUGAAGUGGUCGAAGAAAAGAAAAUUAGUGAGGCAUGUAGAUCAGCAGAUCAUUCAACGUCUAGUGACUCUGGAGUUGGUGAAACAGGUAUUGCCACUGCUGUUGAGCUACAAGAAUGUCAAAUGCAAACAAAAGCAACCUCGGCGGACCAUGAAUGUCAAGGAAAUGUGGAGAAAUUUGAAGUGUUCAAGGGUGGCCAUGAACAGGUAAAAAUUAAAGCAGCCCAAGGAUCAAUUUGGCAGGAAGAGCAUCAGGAGAAAUCAAAAUUGGCGCAGAUGGGUGAUGAAUGUCAACAUAUGGACAAGGAAACCAGAGGGGCUUUACAACCUGGAGAAACAAAUGACAAAGCAAAUGCGGUUGAUAAAUAUGAGAAUGAUGAUAUCGGGACACAAGAUCAGUUAGAAGAAAAUGAGGUGAUUUUUAUACAGAAAAUUGUGGGGGCUAAUGAAAGCUAUGAAAAGGUAAUCGAAAUUAUGGAAGCUCCUGAACGGAAAGGUAGUGGAAUGGAAAGAACUGCAUCUUUCGACAGCAUUGAAAAUACAAUAAAAUUUAGCGCAGAUGUUAAACAAGAGCGAGGAAAAUUCAAUGAGGCCACAAGGCAGAGUGCCAAAGACAAGCUGGAAAAAGAAGUUUUUGAAAAUCAUGGAAAUGAGAGUAAACAUGUGAAGACUUAUGAAAUGGGACAGAAUAAGGAAAAACAAGAUGAAGUGGCUGAGUGUAAGGGAAAAACAAAUCAAUUGGAAGAGGUUUUUGAGCAAGAAGAGAGCAACAAUAGACUAGGAGUUGAUCUUAAAUGGCAAGAAUGCAAGAAAGAACAGAACUUUGUCAGUGAAGCAGAAAAGAUUGAGAAGGGUUCUAAAAUUACUAUUGAGCAGUGGCAGAAUACAGAAAGAGAAGAGAAGGCUUCUGAAGAAGCGGCAAGUGAGGAGCGGCCAAAUGAUUUGAGUGAACAAGAUGAGACUGAGAAGAGACUCAAAGAGGCCUGGGAGAAGAAAGAAAAAUGGAAAAGAUCACGCGAGGCUCGUGAAAGUGAGAAGAGGGUAGAAUUGUUGUUUAAGGAGGAUGAGAUAAUGGAUAGAUCAAGUGAAGCCAAUGUGUGGAUCAAAGAAGGAAAAGGCGAAGGAUUUAUUGAACACGACAUUGUUCAGGAGCAACUUAUGAGGGUAGUAAGCGAUGGGAUACUGAAUUUGAACCAAGGAAACUAUACUACAAUGGAGGAACCCAAGAUAUUUGAUGGUGGAAGCGGGCAUAUUCACGAGCCUUCUGUGCCCGUGGAAAAUGAAAGCUUAGAAAUGGAGCACAAAACUCAUGAAAGGGAAGUUGAAGUUAAUAAUGAGCCCCAAGAAGCAAAUGUUAACUCUAACCUGGAUCAAAAUGGCUUGCAAUAUGAAGGAAUUAAUGACAAAAAUAAAGACGAGCCACUUUGUCAAAUUGGCAUCACGGAUAUGUAUAAUGAAGAUGGCAUUGAUCAAACAACAGGAAUACACAUUAAGAAAACUAGUGGAACUAAUGAAAUGGCUUCUGAUAUUGAGAAUGCAAACAUUUCAACGCAUACACGGAGAGAGGCAAGGAGGAACUUCAAAGGUAUCCAACCCGACCAACACGCUUUUAACCAGGCAGAAAAUGAGGAUAAAUUCACGGCACCUCGAGUGGUGAAGAAGUCCGUCGAAAAUGAAAGAAAACCGGGUAAUGUUCUGCCAGCUAAAAAGUUUACUAGCCAAAAUCCAGAAGUAGAAGAGACUAAUUUUCAAAAGAAGACUAGAUUAGAAGAAAGGGAAAAAGAAAGAUUAGAAAAGGAAAGAGAUCUGGAAAAUGAUUUCUUAAGAAAGCUAGAAGAAGAGAAAGAGAGAGAAAGAGAAAGAGAAAAGGAUCGCAUGGGUGUUGAUACAGCUACUCGUGAAGCUCGUGAAAGGGCAUUCGCUGAUACUAGGGAAAGGGCAGAAAGGGCAGCAGUUGAAAGAGCAACUGCUGAAGUUCGACAAAGAGCACUGGCAGAAGCCCGGGAAAGAUUAGAGAAGGCAUCUGCAGAGGCUAGGGAGAGGCUAAUUGCUGAUAAGGCUUCAGAUGCCAGGCUCAAGGCUGAGCGUGCUGCAGUAGAAAGAGCAACUGCUGAGGCUCGAGAACGUGCUAUUGAAAAAGCAAAGGCUGAGAAGGCUUCUUAUGAGUCACGUGACCGAGUAGAGAGACCUGUGACUGACAAAUUUUCUGCUUAUUCCAGGAAUGGUGGAUUCAGACAGUGCUCUUCAUCCAAUGAUCUUCAGAACCUGCAACAUCAGGGGAUGGGGCCUUCCCGUGAUUUGAAACAUUCGCACUCUUCGGUUUCUGGUGGACUUGAAGGUGAAUCAGCUCAGAGGUGUAAAGCUCGAUUAGAGAGAUAUCAGAGAACAGCUGAGCGUGCUGCAAAAGCUCUGGCGGAGAAGAAUAUGCGUGAUCUUAUAGCUCAUAGAGAGCAAAUAGAGAGAAGUAGACUCGCAGAAUCCCUGGAUGCUGAUGUUAAACGAUGGUCAAGUGGGAAAGAAGGGAAUUUGCGUGCUUUGCUUUCAACAUUACAAUAUAUCUUGGGGCCUAAUAGCGGCUGGCAGCCCAUACCACUAACUGAUGUGAUAACUGCUGCUGCUGUAAAGAAAGCUUACAGAAAAGCCACUCUUUGUGUUCACCCUGACAAAUUACAGCAACGGGGUGCUAGUAUACAUCAAAAGUACAUAUGUGAAAAGGUUUUUGAUCUUCUCAAGGAAGCAUGGAACAAGUUCAACUCAGAGGAGAGAUAGACAGGCUUUCAUCUGCGUGUACACAGUAGCACUUAAGUUACCCCACAUUAUGUAAUUAUGCCGUCAGGUAGCAAAUCUUUGUUUCUUAUAGGUUGCUUAUCUAGUUUCUAUGUAAACUUUAAGUUUCCAAGGAACAGGGAACAGGAUAGAUUAGUAAACGAAAAAGAUAUCCUCUUUUCUUGAACCUGUUAGUCGGAUAAUGAUCCUCUUAAUUUGUUGGACUUUGUUCCAGUGGACAUAUGGAGAACUUGGUGACUAAAAUAGUACAGUAGCUUAUUUGCUCUAA